UAUGACGCGUUUAGUUGAUCGAGUUGCAGCCGCCAUCUUCUGACAUAAAAAAGAAGAGUGGAAACGUCGAUUACAGAUGUAAAGGGAAUACAAAUAAUUCGUAACGAGUUGGAAAAUAAAUAUAAAGUCAAAUGUGUUUAUGGACUGCCUCGUAAUAAAUGGUUAUGUUUCUGAUAAGAUUGGUUUAGUAUUUGAUCGAUCACACAUCGCAAAGAUGGACGACGCGGCGAGGGAAGAUGCCUGCCGAGAGUAUCAGUCCUCCCUCGAAGAUUUGACAUUCAACAGUAAACCUCACAUCAACAUGCUGACCAUUCUGGCAGAGGAGAAUCUGCACUUCGCCAAGGAUAUCGUCGCAAUAAUUGAAGCACAAAUCACCAAGGCUCCAGCUGCCGAGAAGCUUCCAGUUUUGUACUUAGUGGAUUCCAUAGUGAAGAAUGUUGGAGGCGAAUACCUUGCAGUGUUUGCUAAAAACCUAGUCACUUCAUUUAUAUGUGUUUUUGAAAAGGUGGAUGAGAACACUAGGAAAAGUCUGUUCAAAUUACGCUCCACCUGGGAUGAGAUCUUCCCGCUGAAGAAACUCUAUGCUCUGGACGUGCGAGUCAACUCGCACGACCCGGCCUGGCCCAUCAAAGCACUGCCCCCUACUGUGAACGCCAGCAUUCAUGUCAACCCUAAAUUUUUAAAACAUCCUGAGGAGGUGACCUCCCCUAGGGCCCUGUCCCCCGCACCCCUAGUCCGUGCCCCAGCCCCUGCUCCCCAGCCUGCAGUGGUCCCCAGCGUCAGUGAGAAGAGCAUCACCCAGGAGCAGGUGAUAAGGCAGCAGCUGCUGGCCAAGCAGAAACAGCUACUGGAGCUACAACAGAAGAAGAUUGAGCUUGAGCUGGAGCAGACCAAAGCACAACUGUCCUGCCCCUCUUUUACAUUUCAGGCUGCUAACGUGGUGCUGUCAACUCCAGCAAUAGUGCCAAAGGCCACCCUGCCUCCCUCUGUCAUCAAACCCUGUAUCCCGCCUGUCUCUGACCCCAAACCCCCCACCAGGGACCCCCGCCUCAACCGGGCCGGCCCAGGGGCCCUCCAGGCCAAAGAAUCAACCAGCCAUAAGAAAGAAGGCCACGGUAUGGGAGGACCAGCACACACACCGGAGAAACAGCUGCCAGAGCGACCCGGUAGGCCCGAGAGGACACGGCCCCCCAAGAAAGAACUUCUAGAAGUGAAAACCAAGUCCAAGUCCCUCUCUCCCAUGGCUAAAGGGGUGCUUGGGAAGAGCAAGCACUAUGAGGCUGAGAACGUGAAGACGACAGCCGACACCGCGGGCAAGAAAGACCCCAGGCUGAGGAAACAUCUCCAUGACAAGGCCGAACCGAAAGAAGAGGUGAAAGAGAAGAAGAAAUGCACUGAUAAGGAGAAAGAGCUGGAUGAGGCAGUGAUGAAGGCAUCAGGCAGGGGGAAGAUGGCCAACGGCACAGUCAGCAAACCGGAGCGUGAGAAACCAGAGCCUGUAGAGAAACCGGAGAACCAGAUCAGAGGGAAUGCCAGGACCAACGCCAGGAAACGCUCCCGUUCCCCCUCGCUGCACCUGCACUCACCUAAGAGGAAGACUGAGAGGAGGUCCCCCAAGAGGAGAGCCAGGAGCAUCUCCCCCUCUCCUCCUUUACACAAACCUGGGAAAGGAGGGAGGCAGUCAGGAGGCAAGCACUCCUCUCACCAUGAGGACUUCCCCCAGCACGGGACCACCAGAGAGGAGAGGGUAACCCCCAAGAAGAGCUCGUCUGAGCCCAGGAGAACCAAGAGGCCGGCUGAGGAGAGGCCGGUUGAGGCCAGGGACACUCAUUCCUCCCCCCGCACUACGUCAGAGGGCAAGGAGACCAAGGAGAAUGCCAAGCGCUGGAGGAGUGGCUGGGAAGAGAACAAACAUCUGAAGUUGUCGUCAGAGGAGGCUCAUGGGAAGGCGGCAGGUCCUCCACAGAGACGGCCGUCAUACUCCAGCAGCAAGAGACCUACCACCCCCAAACAGCAUCGCCUUAGUGUCGAUGCUAACCUGCAGAUCCCAGAGGUGCUUCACUCUGCCAGCAAGAGAGACCUGCUCAAAAAGGCCAGUAAGCGUCUGGAGAACGGAGAGAUCAGCCAUGAUGACUUUCUGAACGUGGCUCACCAGAUCAAGCAACUGUUCCAGUACCAGGAAGAGAAGCAGCGAGGAGGAGACUCCUGGGAGGGCUCCAGUGAGGAUGGCCACGGACACGCCCACCCACACCACCUCCCACCAACCAGGAAGAAGCCCCUGCUGGCCACACCCACAGGGGGAGUGUCCUCUGGGGCGGACUUGUCCGACGCGGAGCUUACCUACUAUGAACACAAGUCCAAGCUGAGGAGGACCCAGGUGCUGUGGCAGCAGGAGCAAGGAGGGAAGGGCUGGGACGGAGAGGACAGCCAGGAGGAGGGAGAGGGGGUGCUGGGGAGGGCCGGGGAGGGCCCUGGGGGUGCCAAGACUGAGGUUAACAGGGAGACUAACGCCCUUCCUUCAGGGAUGAAGUUCACCAGGCUUCCUAAGGACAGGCUGAAGGAGGUAGAGGAGGAGCAGCCCACCCCAGCAGCCAUCAUCCAGGAGUACAGCCACGGCAACGAGUUCCCCAGGCUCAAGUCUCUGCCAGGGCUACGCUUCAGGAGGAUACAAGACCCCCGGGAGUCCACCGCCACCGACAGACUCAAAGCUGGUGAAAGAGAGCGAAACUCUCCCCUCAGUGAGCGGCUGCCCAAUCACAGACCACCGUAUGAUGAGAGGGAGGAGCCUAAGAGCGGCUACAAUGCCCCUCCCAGGCGGUACGGAGGAGGUCCACUGUCUGAAGAUCACUCUGUCAAACCUACGUACCCCCGUUACGACGACCCUCGCAAACACGACCGCAAACCCCCCAGCGGCCCCGUGCUCCAGAACUCAGUCAGCCUGGCACUGGACGGCCCCAUUAGGAAGUCCCCGGUUCCUUUACCGGUACCAGCAUACGAGCGGGAGCGCCUGUCCCCGUUACAGCAGAUGGAUGCGGCAGAGAUGAGCCCUGUCCCACGCUUUGAGAGCCCCAAUAGCGAGCACUCGUGUGAAGAAGGGCCCCUGGACACCCCCCCUCUACCCAGAACCCACCACCCAGGAGGUCCCCCCCGCGGGCCUGCGCUCUCCUCAGUACGCAGCAAACACAGUGAGUCUCCAGGACACACCCCUCCUCACACCGCAGAUGGGCCCCAGAGAUACGACGGUGGUCCCAAAGGAGGACCACCUUCGCCACGCUAUGAUGGACCCCACAAGGGUACUCAGUCUGUGUACGAUGGGCCUGGUCACAUAGGUCAGCCUGGCAGGCCUCAUCCUGGGGGCCGUUACGAGGGCGUCCAGGGGCCCGGUAGGUACGAUGGACCAGGGUGCUCCUCACAAGGCCCAUCAAGGUAUGAUGGGCCCUACCCUCAGGGCCCCGGCAGGUUCGAUGGCCCCCCGCUACAUAAAGGACCAGAGAAGUUUGACGGACCAGGAAGAUACGACGGCCCCUCCAUGCCUCACGUUCCAAUGAGAGGGGACUCACAAGGCAUUGGGGGAAGGUUUGACGGCGGUCCGCCACAUCCGCAGCAAGGUAGACCAUCGGGGCGAUAUGACGGUAGAUUUGACGGACAGGGGCCUGGGCCAAUGCGUUUCGACGGCCCCAUGCAGUCCAACCGCUUCGACGGUCCAAUGAACUUCAACAACUCCCACAUGCAGCCCGGCCCUGGUAGGUUCGAAGGACUAAUGCGGUUCCAGCAAGGCCCCAUGAGAUUCGACGGCGCUCCCAACCAGCCAGGCCCGAUGUGUUUCGAUGGCCCAGUGAACCCCUCCACCCCAAUGGGCCAGCCUGGCCCCAUGCGCUACGACCCCCUGCCCUCUCUGCCCCCCCAGGGCAUGCCCCCACGCUUUGACUGCCCCUCCGGCCAGCAGGUGUCUCCCAGGUACCACGCCACUCCCAACCUGCAGCCCCCACUUCGGCCACUAGGGACACCCAUGUAUGACCCAGUCAACCCCGGAGGCCCCCAGCAGUUCCAGACGUUCCCAGUGCAACAGAACGUGGUGGGCCAACAGGGGGCUAACUUCACGGUGUCUCCCGUCCCUGUGUCCCAGGCUGGGUUCAACAACUCCUACGUCAGACCUCCGUUCUACACCCCUGGUGUGCCUCUGCCACCGGCAGGGAACAUGCAGCAGCCGAUGAACAUGCUUUCUAACCUUGGCCAGCCCUUCAUCCCUCCCAGCACAGUGCCUUUCAACCAGCCUGCUCCCCAGUUCCCUCUUCCAGAGAGUCACUUUGGGCAGGUAGAUGUAAACGACCUGCUGUCCAAGCUCAUUUCCACCGGCAUCAUCUCUACCGGAGGCAUCAAACCAGCUCAGAGUACAGACACUGCUGCAGCGCCCAGCGGUACAGAGUCAGCCGCCACCCAACCGACCCCUCCCAUGGUAGAAGAGGAGGAGGAGGAAGAGCAGGAGGAGGAUGAGAAUGUCCCAGACCUCACCGGCUUCGUCAUUGAAGACAUGAAACAGCGGUAUGACAGCGUGGUGACUAAGCUGUACACAGGGAUCCAGUGUUACUCCUGCGGCAUGCGUUUCACCGCCUCUCAGACAGACGUCUAUGCUGACCACCUGGACUGGCACUACCGGCUGAACCGUUCUGAGAAAGACAUCAGCAAGAAGGUCACCCACCGCCGCUGGUACUACAGCCUCACGGACUGGAUAGAGUUUGAGGAGAUAGCGGACCUGGAGGAGCGGGCCAAGAGCCUGUUCUUUGAGAAGGUGAAUGAGGAGGUAGUGCAGAAGACCCAGGAGGCCGCCAAGGAGAAAGAGUUCCAGAGUGUUAAAGCAGCUGCAGAUGUGGUGGAUGAGACGUGUGAGAUCUGCCAGGAGCAGUUUGAGAUGUACUGGGAGGAGGAGGAAGAGGAGUGGCACCUGAGAGAUGCCAUCAGAGUCGACGAGAAGACAUAUCAUCCUUCAUGUUUUGAAGAUUAUAACAAUACAUCUUCGUUCCUGGACGUCACCCCGUCCCCCAUUAAGCUGAUGGAGAACCCGCUGGGUGCGUUCAUAAAACGUGAGAACGAUGAGGUCACUUCUUGCUGUGCUGCGGUGAAACAGGAAGUGGAGGCUUCGUUGUCUGAGACGGGCGGUGAGGCUCAAAAUGUGAAGGAUGAAGUUCAGGUGAAAAUGGAGGGAGAAACGAGUGCAAUUUCCUAAAAAAAAACAAAGAAAAACCAUGCUGCUUUUUCUUUUCCUCUUUUACGGGCUGCUCUCCCUCCAUUCCUCCCUUUGUUUUGUAAGGAAGAGGUAUUUUUUAUAUUUGACCACCUCUGAGGCGGGGCCCUCAGCCAUAACUUUGAAUACAUUUUUGUAUUUGGAAUCUGCCUGUGAAUGUCAGGUGUUUUUUUGCUGUGUAAAUGAAUGAAUGAUGAUUGCCUGAACUUAAACAUUUUACCUUUGCAAAAAAUAUGUACUUUUGGGGAAAAGAUGUAUGUAAAAGAUUUAAUUUAUAAAUAAAGCUAUUUUUGGUAUUCUUUUGUUGUAAUAUUGAUGAAAGGGGGUGGACUUAAGAAUCCCAGAAGAUCGCUUUAAUGAGUUUGUCCUUUCCUCCCAGGUAAAAAAUAAUUUCUGUAUAUAUAAAUAGAUUUUGGUUGCCAUUGAGGCAAGGAAUUGAUGGAGAGAAUUAAUGAAUUACUAAUUUGGCUUCUGAAUUAGCCUUAAUAGUAAAUUAAUUUCAAAAGAAGCAGUCAGUGGUUAGUUUACAAAAGGUAAGGAGGAAUAAUUUUUCAACCAUCUCUCUACACUGCUGUGUACAUACGGCACGACAUGGCUAGCAACUAACAUUUCUACACAAUUCUGUGAUCCUGUUUUCUAGUCGCUUUCAGUUGGAUAUCUUUUUUUGACUUUUUUUUUUUGCAGAAGUUUCAGGGGGGAAAAUGCUAUUUUGCUUGGUAAUGCGGAAUAUCCAAUAAAAACAAAUCUGAAAAUGUGUUUGUGUGAACAGUGAUUGGUGUGGCUUUUCUGUAUUGCUUCUCCCUGGUUUCCCCUACCCCUUAUAGAAAGUUAGCUUUUUAAUUUGUCACUUUGGCUUGAAUUCUAAAUAAAGUUCUCUAGAAUUAAA